AUGACCGUCACACCAUUAAAUAAUAAAAAACCUUUUACACCAACUCUUGAAAGCAAAUCGCAGAAUCCCAAUCAAAAAAACCUUAACAAUCCAAAAAGGAUUACCAAAAUAACCGAUUAUCAAUUAAUCAAACAAAUAGGAAAUGGAUCAUACGGAACAGUUUGGUUAUCAAAAAACAAAUCAACCUCAAAAGUAUGCGCAAUCAAAGUAUUAAAAAAAUCACAACUUUGGUUAGACGAAUCACUUUACACGAUUUCAAAAGAAAGAAAAUUAAUGAAAAAGUUGAAGGAAAAACCAUUUAUAGUACAAUCAAUUGAAUCAUUUUCGAAUCCAAGAUAUAUUUUUUUAGCAUUAGAAUUAAUUGAAUCAGGUACACUACAAAACCUUUUAGAAAAGUAUACAUUUUUUAAUGAUGUUGAAGUUUUAUUUUAUUUAGUACAAAUUUCGACUGGUUUAAGUGUUUUACAUCUUUCUAAGAUUAUUUAUAGAGAUUUAAAACCUGAAAACAUUUUAUUGACAUCGGAUGGGAAUAUUAAAUUAGCCGAUUUCGGACUUUCAAAAGAUGUUUCUACUUCCAAUGGAAGAACUAACUCAGUUUGUGGUACGGUAAAUUAUUUGGCUCCUGAAGUUAUUUGUGGUGAGAGUUAUAGUUAUUCAAUUGAUUGGUAUUCACUUGGUGUUCUACUUCAUCAACUUUAUACUGGUGAACUUCCUUAUGAACUUCCACACGAUUCAUCAAACUAUUCUGAUGUGAUGAUGGAAACGAUUUUAAAAGGAAAACUUAAAAUUGAUCCUUUUAUCGAUCCUUUGGGACGUUCGUUUCUUAAAUGGCUUACUCAAAUGAAUCCUAGACACAGACCUCAAGAUGUGAAUGAACUUCGAUUACAUGGAUGGGUAUCUGAUCUUGAUUGGGUAGGUAUUAUCAAUCAACAAGUCCAAGCUCCUCAUCUUUCACACGCUCGUCAAAUGAGUCGUACCACUUCUCAUUUAAUUCAAGAUUUAGCCGAUCAUUCUGAAGAAUAUCAAACUAAGCAUUAUGAAGUAAAUCUCUUCGGUUCGACUUUUUCUGACUUUUGA